UCUUCGGCGCGCACGUUGGCGCAGGGGCACGUGGGACAGCGCAAUGGCGGCCUCAGCUCUUGACCGGGUCCCCGACGUGGUGGUGGACCCGAGCGGCGUCUUCAAGUAUGUGCUGAUCCGUGUCGGGCAGGAGGGCGGUCCCGAGAAGGACGUCGUGCGGGGAUGGGCCUCGGCGGAGUACCACGGUAACCGGCCAGCGGAUAUCUACGACAAGGUCUCUAUGGAGAUUGAGAAGCAGGGCCUUUACUGUGAGUGCCAGGGUGGAGGUCGAAUCAAGCAUGAUAAUAGAGAGAAGAAGAUACACGUUUACGGAUACUCCAUGGGCUUUGGCCGGGCAAAGCAUGAAAUAACAACACAGAUCCUGAAGGUCAAGUACCCAGACUACACUGUGACCUGGGCAGAUGAAGGGUACUGAGAUGGCUGAGGGCACACUUCACCUCUGGGUUGAUACAGCAGCACUGCUGAUGGUGUUAAGAACUUCUUGCCUGUGGACUAAGGCCUCCUGAUGUAAAAGCAACUCAACUCAAUUAAUCUGCAAGUUUUUUGUGGCAACUGCUCUGCCGGUUCAACUGAUCAUGUAUGAUGUGAUCUGUGUUAAUCAGUGAUUGUUCGUUUACGGUGGGAGAUUUUUCUCAUUAGCUGUGCAUCUCUGGUGCUCAGAUGGCUUGACCUGAUUGGAUUUCCCCAACCACACAGCUCACCAUUCAGCUUGGAGGGUGUGCUUUGCUGAGUCAGCUAAUGUGCAAUCAAGUUGCAGUCCAAUGAUGAUCCUUGGGUGUGAAAGAUGUAAGGAUGGCGUUUCUGAUGAUUAAAAGAUGUAAGGGUGAUGUUUCAGAUGAUUAAAAGAUUUAGGAGGGCAAAUAGAAACCUCCCAUGGUGUAAGAAUACAAACUGAGAAGAUUUGGGAUUAGGUGAUGUUAGAAAGCACAAGGGAAGCAUGGAAUUCCCUGCCUCUGAAAUCUGUUCAUUUGAAACGUUAAAGCUAAAUUUAUUAGACCUCUCGGUGUAGAUAUUUGCAUUUGUUAUUAUCCAGAAAGAGACUAGUUCAAUGUUCACUCACACAGAUUGUCCUUUAUUCCUAUUUAACAGGCUCAAUAGCAGAACUGAACAGGAUUUAGGAUUAGGAGCACAAGAACGCCAAUUGGCCAGUCAAUCCGGAUUCAUGACUCAAUAUGAUCGUAUCUGAUCUUGGCUUACUCUUCCACAUUUUUUUUCUUUGACUUGCCCUUAGUAAAAAAUAUGUUCACACCAGCCUUGAAUGUAUUCACUGAUUUGGCUUCCACAGCACUUUGGGUGAGAGAAUUUCCUCUUUCAUCUUAAAUGACUGAAACUAUAUCUCCUUAUUCUAGAUUCUCACGGGGAAAAGCAUCUUAUGUUUCAAUAAGCAAACAUGAGGAAAUCUGCAGAUGCUGGAAAUUCAAACAACACACACAAAAUGCUGGUAGAACACAGCAGGCUAGGCAGCAUCUAUAGUGAGAAGCGCUGUUGAAGUUUCGGGCCGAGAUCCUGACGAAGGGUCUCGGCCCGAAACGUCGACAACGCUUCUCCCUAUAGAUGCUGCCUAGCCUGCUGUGUUCUACCAGCAUUUUGUGUGUGUUAUUUAUGUUUCAAUAAUAUUGUUUCUUAUUUUUCGAGUAUGUACCUACUUAAACUUUUACCAUAAGACUUAUCUUCUUCCUGAAAUAAGUUUAGUGAGCUGCCUCCAAUGUACUAUGUCCCAGCUUGAAUAAAGAGCCCAAUAUAAUACGGAGUACUGCA